CUGUGGGAAUCCUCCACUAGCGACACACACAACACACCGACAUUGCAGGAGAGGAAGGACCCGUAGUGAUAAUCCAACAGUAACCAUUGAAUGGCGACGAGAAACGCGAGCUGCGACUCCAACAUGGUGCGGCGUCAGUGUGUUUACACUCGCGUCCGCGGCUGAAUAACUGUGUCCUGCUGAAUAAGAGGUCGUUUUCUGGCAGUGGAGCUCUUUUCUCUUGGAUAAAAUGGCAACAGGCUCUAGUUUUGCCUCUGGAGGGAGUGGAUCUAGAAAUGUACCAUCUUUCGCAGCCUCCUCAUCUUCCUCCACUGGAGUGCCAGGACAGGCUCAGCCGAUGGUGGUGGUUUGGGAAUGGCAGGAUGAUCUGGGCUACUGGAGGCCCUACACUGGACAGGUGAGCAGCUACAUCGAGCAGUGUCUCCAGCAUCAGAGAGGAGCAUCUACAUCCAGUAGCAUAUCACUGGGACCGGCUGACCCCAGCCUGGCUGCGUACAUCAUUGACAUCCCCAACCUCAAACAGUUCAGACAAGACACUGGAAAGAUACGCUCUGUACGGCAAAGCCUGUUCCCGCAGACGUCCGCCCUGGGUAGUGGUGUUCUUUGGGAAUGGGCCAAUGAUGAAGGAAGUUGGACACCGUAUGAGAUAUGGACUUCCAUUUUGCUGGAGCACAGCUACAAAGCAGGGCAGGCCAAAGCUGACCUGAGCACACAUGGUUACAACUAUAUUGUGGACCUCAGAGCUCUUGAGCAGGUCAACAAGUCCUCCAGUUACAGACGGCGCGUUAGAAGGCAGGGCAGCACACCAUAUCCCCUCACCUCCGGGUCGGUUAUUCAUUCAGGCCCAUCCUGUACCUGUCAGCAGUGCAUGAGCAACAGCAGCACUGCUGGACCCAUGCCGAGUCGAUUGCGGCAUUCCUUCAGUGCGGGACAGACCAACCUACCCAAUCUCCAGACCCAACAUGGAAGACCUCCUGGAACUAGCCCCUCUUCAGUCUACACGCCCUACCCCAGAAGACCACUCUCAGUGGGAAACCAACUAUGGAAUGGCCCCUGGGGAUCCUCCACUUCCAUGACUCAUCCUCCAGGACCACCACAGGCUUUUGGUCACCAUGCCAAUGGAUUCAGUGUUCCAACCAUCCCUUUACAACUUAACGGAUCCAGUAAUGUGAGUGCGGCACUUGCAGGCAUGGCUUCCAUUUUGAUGUCAUCUGCAGGACUGGGAGUUUGCUUCAUGACCGCCCCCUUCUCCCAGCGUGGCUCCAGCAGACCCACCAAAGCCCAGUCCAGCUCCAUUAAGAGGGCAAAGAGACAGUCCAGGACAGCCCCUCAGAAGCCAGAAGAUGUCAUUAAGAAAUACAUGGAGCAAGUGCCUGUUAUCCCGGAUGAGGACUGUACUAUCUGUAUGGAGCGUCUGGCCUGCCCGUCUGGUUAUGAGGUCCCUGCAGAGUGCUCUCAGUCUCUUCAGCCCAACACUGUGGGCAGGCUCAUGCAGUGUGGACACACAUUCCACAUGCUCUGCAUGCUGGCCAUGUACAAUAACGGAACAAAGGAUGGGAGCUUGCAGUGUCCCUCAUGUAAGACAAUAUAUGGAGAGAAGACUGGCACCCAACCCAAGGGCAAGAUGGAGACCUACUUUAUUCCUCAGUCUUUGCCUGGGCACCUGGACUGUGGCACUAGACAAAUAAUUUACAAUAUCCCACCCGGAAUACAGGGUCCGGAGCACCCAAACCCAGGACAGCCAUAUACAUGCAGAGGUUUCCCUCGAUUCUGCUUCCUUCCUGACAAUGACAAAGGCAGAAAGGUACUGGAGCUGCUGAAAGUUGCAUGGUCACGGCGUCUCAUCUUCACCGUGGGCACAUCCAGCACGACAGGGGAACCAGACACCGUUAUAUGGAACGAGAUCCACCACAAGACAGAGAUGAUGUCCAAUGUGUCUGGCCACGGAUACCCAGACCCCAACUACUUGGACAAUGUGCUCUCAGAACUGGCCUCACAGGGGGUUACAGAGGAGUGCCUAAAGCAAGACACACAAAGCCAAGAUGCCCAAGGUUCAGCAAUGUGUACUUAACAACUCCGUCUACGUUACAUAUUUGUAGAUCUAUUAAAACUUGACGAAAAUGGAAAACCGGAGUUGCUAGUUAUGCUGUGCAACAAAAGUUUUUGAUGUGUGUCAAUGCAUCUGUGUAUAUGGCUGAUGAUGUAUCAAUAGGGUUGAAUAGUUCACCCAAACAUUUAACUUCUGUUAUCAUUUGCUCACCCUCAUGUUGUUCCAAACCUGUAUGACUUUCUUUUUAAUGGAACACUAAAGGAAAUAAUUUGAAGAAUGUACUGGUCACUUUUUCCCAUGCCAUUACAAUGAAUGGGAACUGGAGGUGUUCAAGCUAUAAAAGGAUAAAUACAUAUUAGAGAUGUUAAAAUUAACACGUUAAUGCAUGAAAUUCAUUUAAAAUGUUAAUUUUUCUUUAACAUGAUUAACGCAUUAACCAAUUUGAUAGAUUCUGUCAUUUAUUCACCUCCGUGUGAGUUCUAAACACUGGUUGGAGUAGAUCUGAACCUUUUGAGAUGUGUCCUGGAACAUUAUUACACUGAUGCACACACCAUAAUCACACACAGCAAUUCAAACAAGUGAUCAAAUGAUGGAGAAAGGACCUCUUAACGCUAUUUGUUGUACAAAAUAAACUCAGGUUUGUGACAGAAAUCAAGUACUUUUCAGCCGCUGUAGGGCGCAAUUUGAUUACCACAGAAGCAUGUCAAGUCUUAACUAUCACUAAAAUGGCAAUUCUGUUGAAAUAUUACAUUACAAGGGCCAAAAGCAGAACAAGAUGUCUGCAGUGCAUUUCAUGUGGAUUUCAAAGAAGCGCUUGACGAUGACGUUGAUGCCCUGACACAAGUCACGAAUGUGGCUUCACAAUUGCUGUAGCAAAGUGGAUAGCCACAGCCUACUGGCCGAUAAAUAUUGUGGAGUAUGAGAUUUUAAGUGAUUUAAUGUUAAUUUCAAUGAAUUUGCAACCGAUGGGGACUAGUUCUCUCAAUUAGUCAACCUCCCACUUUUAAUGUGGGAAAAAAUGUUUAAUGUUAAUUGAACUGGAGCUAUUUUAGUGCAUUUCUAUCUUUAUACUGUGGAAGACUUUGUUUGGAAAAUAUUAAU